ACUAUCGUUCAUUAGUGAACAAGACAAACUGUCAAAAAUAAAAAUAUUUCAUGUGUUUAAAAAGGUUAAAAGAUAACCAUGGAUGGGAAAGUAAAGUGACUGAAAGGACUAAAUGAGUGGAGGACAUGUGAAAAAUGCAUAUUUUCAUAGCAAACAACAUGAAAAGUUCAACAAACUGAGUAAUGUUGGAACUGAUGACAAAAUGCUGGGUGGAAAUAUGUUGAGAAACUGACAAUUGAAACAACUUUUUAAGUGACACAAACAAAGUAUUAAAAUAUGGCUGAACGACAUGAUAAAUAUCAUUCCACCAAAUAUUCCAGACACAGAAGCAGGAAAAGAAGCAGUGACCACAGUAAUUACCAUUUGUAUGAAAGUAAAACACCACCAUUACCACAAAGACAAGCUAGUAUAAGGGAACUAAUCAAAGAAAGGGAAUCUAUUCGCAAGGAGCUAAAGAAUAUAGCAAAACUCAAAAGUAAAACAGAAACUAAAAACAAAGAAAGCUAUAAAAAACGUAAAUAUGAAAAGGAAACUAAAAAUGAUAAUGAAAAUCCUGAUAUUGACAGUAUAAAACAUGAAGGCUCUACAAAUAAUGUUACUAAAAAGAUUGGUUCUCCUGAAUACAGUCAAGAUUAUACUCAAUUAGAUUCUGAUGAUGAAGAACACAUAAUCGAACAAAGAAGACAGCAGAGAAAGCAAUUAUUACAACAAUUAAACAUAUCGCAAGAGAAAGUAGAUAAUACAAUAGUUGAAAAAAGUACAAAUGAAGAUUCUAAGGAAAUAAAUUCAAACAAAAGCAUUAUAAAUCUCACUACAAAUAAAUUGAAAUCAGCAAAUGAUGUUACUGACAUGUUUUCAGAGGAGGACUUUGCUCCAAAUAAUAAAUCAGAUAAUGUAACACAGGAUAACAGUAAAGAAAGUUCUCAGUUAAAUGACAAUUGGGAUGAUGGGGAAGGUUAUUACAAUAUAAAAGUUGGCGAUAUCAUAAAUAACAACAGAUACACAAUUAAAGCAUUGCUAGGAAAAGGAGUUUUUGCAAAUGUUGUAAAAGCACAAGAUAGUACGACCAAUACAGAAGUUGCAAUAAAAAUAGUCAGAAACAAUGACCUUAUGUACAAAACUGGCUUAAAAGAAGUUGAUGUUUUAAAACUUAUAAAUGAGGCAGAUCCUGAAAGCAAAUAUCAUUGUGUUAAAUUUUUCUCCAAUUUCAUGCAUAAGAGACAUCUCUGUUUGGUUCUUGAACCCUUGCAUAUGGAUCUGAGAAGUGUUAUUAAAAAAUAUGGAAAAAGCCAUGGAAUUAAUAUGAAAGCAUUGAUAAGUUACAGCAGACAACUGCUUUUGUCUUUGAGGCUUUUGAAAAAAAUUGGUAUUGUGCAUGCAGAUAUUAAACCUGAUAAUAUUUUAGUCAAUGAAAAGAAAAACAUUUUAAAGUUGUGUGAUUUUGGAUCAGCGACUAAAGUAAAUGACAGUGAGCCCACUCCUUAUUUGGUCUCAAGGUUUUAUAGAGCACCAGAAAUCAUACUGGGAAUAGGUUACAAACAUAGCGUAGACAUUUGGUCAGCAGCAUGUACUAUUUAUGAAAUGUCAACUGGAAAAAUUCUUUUCACGGGUAGUUCUAAUAAUAGAAUGUUGAAAUGCUUUAUGGACCUAAAAGGAAAAAUACCAAGCAGAUUAUUAAGAAAGGGAAAAUUCAAAGAUCAACAUUUUAAUUAUAACAAUAAUUUUCUUAUACACAAAAAAGAUGAAUUCACUGGAAGGGAAAAGGUUGUGGAAAUUACCAAUAUCACAACAUCGAGAGAUUUAUAUAAGGAAUUAAAAAAAUGUUCACAAAAUCCGACAGCUAGUGAAGAAAAGAAAAUUACUCAUUUAAAAGAUUUGUUGGAAAAAAUGUUAAUGUUGGAUCCAAACCAAAGAUUAUCGGUAACAGAUUGUUUAAAACAUCCAUUUAUACAAGAAGAAUUAUAAAUAAUAAUUGCUCAAAUACAUUUUUGUUCAACUA